AUGACACCUCAGCAACCUCCUCUCUUUACACCACUAGCCACCCCACGAUUCACACCGACUCCAACACCAGGACCUCAAUCCACUGCUCCCACGCCAGCACCCUCGGCUACUCCAGCUCCCUCAUCAGUUGCUUCAACACCAGCACCUCACUCCGUCGCCUCAACACCCGCGCCAUCUUCCGUAGCAUCAACACCAGCACCUGAAUCUUCCUCCAGAGGCCAAGUAACAUAUGACAUGGGACCUCCGCCGAAGAAGAAGAGAGGACCGAAGCCAAAGCCGUUAUCGGAGCGUAAAAUGCUACGGACUACACCGAUUGUUCGUAAAGAGGCUAGUUACUCGAAGAGGAAGAAGGAGGAGGUUAUCAUGUGGAUGGUUCAUCAUCGUGUUGACCGGAGGGGAGAGAUGGUGCCGCCUUCUACGACGGAUGCGGAGAAUCACUUUCAGAUUCCGAGGAGUACUAUUGCUGGGUGGAAGAAAGCUAUGUUGGGUUUAGGGCCAAUUCCGAAGUAA